AUGUCUUCGUCUGCAGCUGAUCUGGCUAAUGAAUAUGAACGUGGUGAAAUCGACGAAGUUCCAAAGGGUACCAAAGGAAAGCGUUCGAAGGCGGAACAGGUUGAACAUAAACAUGCACAUCCGGAAGGUGAUACUCGCCGUAUUGUUGAAAAUGCCUCAAACGGUGAAGAGAAGCGCAAAGAGAAGGAACGCGAACGAACUACUUCAGGAUCUUCAAAGAGUGAGAAGUAA